CAAUCAAUCACUCAUUCCUACCUUUACUAGAACUGAUUCCUCCAUUGUUCUUGACCAUUGCAAGCGGUAUAGCAAGGAGACUUGACAGCUUAUCCAGCCACUCGCCGAGAGACAAAGUGGAUCUACUUGCACUAGCCACCCACCCAUCAAGACACUCUUGCGCUCCACAUUCAAGGCCACUCACCACCACCACUACUACCACCACCACCACCACUACCACCACCACCACCACCACCAUGUCCUCCUCUUCCUCUUCCUCUUCAGCCGCCCAGCCCAUCUCCAAGGAGCGCCAGCGCAUGCGCAGCGAAGCCGAAGAGGCCCUCGCAGCCAACCCGGACCUGAACUGUCCCGGCUUCGAGUCCUCUCGCGUCUUUGCCCUCCUGGAUAAAUGGAUCCGUUCUCCCCCCGCAGGAGUCACCCGCAAAACUCUCCUCCGCAACGUCAAUACCGUUUUCCAAUUUGUGGUCCUACCUACGGAACCCAUCGAUGAGUCUAAUCCUCGAACUAGGCCGACGAAGAAGAGUAGUGGAGGUGCUCUGAGGCCUGCUUUGUGGUACGUGGACCUCAAGAGGACGGCUGGGAUCGCAAAGGGACAUCCGCCAAAGGGGAUCUUGGGAGUUAGGAAGAGGGCAGAUGUGGUCAUUGAGUGUACCGAUCGAGACUUACUGCACAUGGCACAGGGACAACAGCACCCCCAGAAGCUGUACAACGUCGGCAGGAUCAAGCUCAAGGGCGACAUCGACCGCGCCCUUCGCAUCGCCACUCUUCUCAACCAAGAGCGUUCCCGUCUAUUUGGUGUUCCCCCCGCACCUACGCCCAGUGCAAAUGAAUCCCUAAAGGCUCCUCCUGGUGGAGUAGAUGGAAAUUGGCAGAGGGAAGGUAAUGCAGAGGCUCAUUUGGAUUAUGGAAGUGGUGCGCCGGCUCCUGUGCCUGAUAGGGCAAAGCUUUGAGUGCGGGAAGGAGGGGCGGUCAGAUGGAGCGCUGACGGCGAGGGGAGGAUGGUCUGCAGAGCAUACGUGAGAGG